GCAACUGAAAGAGUCAGAUGCAAAUAUUUACUCCAAACCAAUGGACAGAAGCUGGUGAUCCCUGUGGUUGAAUUGAAAAAAGCUGGAAUAAGCUGAAGAGUACAGCGAUUCUAUAGGAAGACCAGCAGUCUUAAUAACCUGGACCUCCAAGAUCUCUCAGGCACUGAAACCACCAAACAGUGUUCCCAGAGUCACACAGAUAGGAUGGUGUAACUGACCUUUUUUUUUUCUUUUGGCCUGGGACCACUUUGCCUAUUUUCUGCAUCUGGAACAGAGAGUGUUGACAUUCCAGGAUGUGGUUGUGCAUUUCUCCUUUGAGGAAUGGGAAUGCCUGGACUCUGCUCAGAGGGCUCUGUACAUUGAUGUGAUGUUGGAGAAUUACAGCAACCUGGUCUCUGUGGAGAACUACUGCAUAUGUGAUACUGUCUGUCAACAUGUGAAGACUGAAAAGGAGUCUUGUCAGUGUAAUGAGCUUAGUGAAAUGCUUCAUGGUCCCUCCAACUAUGCACUUUAUAAAAGAAAUGACACUACAGAAGCCUCUAGUAACUACAGGUGCUGGAAUGAGCAAGAUGCCUUUGUUGAUUCGCCAAAUCCAGAUAGAUAUAAAAGCAUGCACACUGGAGAAGAAUCUUGCAAAGUUAAAGACUGUGAGAAAUCUUUCAAUUUGUAUUUGAACAUUAUUCAAAAUCAGAGACUCUAUACUACAAAGCAAGAGCACAGGCAGGGAGAAUAUGAUGGCCAUUUUGCUUCUAUCUACAGUCUCAUGCAACAAACGAUCUACACUGGAGAGAUACCACAUCAUUAUGGGAAACGCUUCAUUACCUCCUUAAGCCUAACUGUGCAUCAGCGAACUCAUACUGGAGAGAAACCUUACAAGUGCAACAUUUGGGACAAAUCCUUUACCCAGUGCUCAAGUCUCAAAACACAUCAAAGUCUUCAUACCAGGGAAAAACCUUACAAAUCCAGAGAAUGUGGAAGUUUAUUUCCUCAGUCAUCAGCCCUUAAAUUCCAUCAGAAAAGACAUAAUGACAAAAGUCAUUUCAAAGAGAAGCCUUACAAAUGCAAUGAGUGUGACAGAUUCUUUAUCCACUAUUCAUCAUUUAGAAGGCAUCGGAAAACUCAUUCUCUAGAGAAAUUAUACAAAUGCAAAGAAUGUAAUAAAUCCUAUAUUGAAUUAUCACAUCUUAAAAGACAUUACAGAAUCCAUACUGGUAAAAAGCCUUAUAAAUGUGAAGUAUGUGACAAAUCCUUUAACCAGUGCUCAAGUCUUAAAACACAUCAAAGACUUCAUACUGGGGAGAAGCCUUACAAAUGCAAUGAAUGUGGAAAGUCAUUUCCUCAGUUGUCAGCACUUAAAAGCCAUGAGAAGUUGCAUACUGGAGGAAGACCUUACAAAUGUAAGGAGUGUGACAAAUACUUUGCCCACUCUUCCAGUUUCAGGAGACAUCAGAAAAUCCAUAGUGCUGAAGAACAUUAUGCUUGUCAACAAUGUGGCAAAGUCUUACAUCAGCUUUCACAUCUUAGAAACCAUUACAGACUCCAUACUGGAGAGAAGCCUUAUGAAUGCAAUGAGUGUGACAGAUCCUUUACCCACUAUUCAUCAUAUAGAAGGCAUCAGAAAACUCAUUUGCUAGAGAAAUUAUGCAAAUGCACAGACUGUGGUAAGUUCUUUCUUGAAUUAUCACAUCUUAAAACACAUUCCAGAAUCCAUACUGGUGAGAAACCUUACAACUGUGAGGUAUAUGACAAAACCUUUGUCCAGGACUCACAUCUUAGAAGACAUCAGAGAGUCCAUACUGGAGAGAGACCUUACAGAUGUAAGGAGUGUGGCACAUCUUAGAAGACAUCAGAGAGUCCAUACUGGAGAGAGACCUCACAAAUGUAAGGAGUGUGGCAUAUCUUUUGCAAAGAGCUCA